GUUUCCGUCUAGAAGGGACAUGUCAUUCUUCGCCGGGAUACGACCGCUGUAUCCGAUGCCAUUUACAACUGCUUCACAGAUUUCCCAAUCUCAAUGUCUGUGGUGAUGGCGUACUCGAGGCAGAGCAAGCCAUUCCGAUAGCGGACUUCACCGAAUCAGCCACAUCUCCCCUUUAACGGAGCGAAAACAUGGCAAGUUUCUCUUCGACUUGAGGUGAAGGCUGAGAUAUUCUGCUCUCUUCGGGUCACUUCCUCAGUUUGUGAACAUCUCUUUGCCUGGUAACCCGUUCAAGAUGCUGCAGUCCAUAACGAGAUUCUCAAACGACGCCCUUGGCGUUGAAAAGAGCCUUAAGUUUCUACAGUCGACCUCGCAGAUCGCCGCAACGAUCGGUUACCUGUCACCGGACGAGGCUGCCCAGUGGCUAACGGUCAAGAACCACUUUGCGCUCGCACGCCGAUAUCUCCGCCUCUUCAAAUGGAUCGACUGCUGGAAUAUGGCGUAUAGCCAGUACCAGUCCUUUCCUGCAAGUGGGACGGCGAAAGAUAAACCAUCGAAACAAUCCCAGCCACCGGCAGCUCAAAGCAACAUUCAUUUUCUCUUGAUUGUCUCAAAGUGGUCCCUGCUCGGCAUGUACCUGUUUCUGGAGAUGUUUACAAUUGUCGACGCAGUCCUCGGGACUUGGAGACCAUGGGCCGUUACAACCCAGAAUGAGGCAUUGAAAUUCUGGUUCUACUCCUUGUCAGUCUCGGUUGCCCUGAGUCUAUAUGAACUCUUAUUUGUCUCCCCCGACUCCGCACUGGCAAGAAACGACCAAUCAGCCGACCAGAAGAAGACCGCUUUGACCACUGUCGAAAAGGCCAAUGAAAAGGGCGCGGUCCAGCCCAAGGAGCGAGAACAGUCGAAAGCAAGGCAUGCCCAAUCCGCGAAACGCCGCGCUACUGUUCGGCAACUGGUCAUCGACAGCUGUGAUUUGCUGAUCCCAGGGACAGCGGUAGGCUGGUUCCCACUCGAUCCUGUCACGGUUGGCGCUGCAGGCACGGUUAGUGCCCUGCUCGGCGGCUCGGAAGUCUGGCAUCGGGUCAAUGCUUGAUUGGAAGAGUUGCGUGGGAAGGACAUGGGGUUUCUGUUCUCGGAUCUCCGGCUUCGCCCUUGCGGGGAAUGCAGAUCUUGGGAUUUAGACCGCUCCAAGUCGAGACCCUGCAGAGAGGGAGGGUGGUGAGACCGCACUAAUGCUCCCCGGGUUCCCGUCACGCGACUUUGAGGAGGGCAGUGUCGUCUGACUGCGCCGCGGCGACGAUAAGCCGCCGAAAACGUGACGGUCUGGAUCAGGGUGGAUUACUCCUGCCCGCAUCCUGGCUUGCCUCUUUGCUUAGCACCGGUAACUUUGUCGACCGUCACGAUUACAGCAGGCUCUAUAUGAGACCUUGGCUGCUCUUAGAUAAUGUUGAACAUUGCUACUAGGCGUCUUCGAACCAGGAGGAUGUUGUGAGGCAGAUCGUAGAUUUUAUUUUUCCGAGCCAACUAAGCUGGAAGUAUCUAUAUACUCUAAAGACUGGACUAUAAUAUUAGCG